AUGAUUUCGGACACAGUACUACGAAAUAUCCUGGCCAGACGUACUAUCGGGGCUGUUGCAUCCAGGGCUUUCAAGCCUGUGAUGAUCAGCUCAACUAGUUUCAGUUGCAAAGCGUCUGCUUCUGUUCGUGUCUAUUCAACCAGAUCUACGGUUAUUCAGUUGUUGAACAACAUUGGUUCUAAAAGGGAAGUCGAACAGUAUUUGAAGUACUUCACCUCUGUUUCUCAACAACAGUUCGCUGUCAUUAAGGUUGGAGGUGCCAUUAUCACCCAACAGUUGCCUCAACUCGCAUCUUGUUUAGCAUUCUUGUACCACUUGGGUCUUUACCCUAUUGUUGUUCAUGGUACAGGUCCUCAAAUCAACGAGAUCCUUGAAGGACAAGGGAUCGAACCCGACUACUCAGAUGGUAUUCGGAUUACUGAUGAAAAGACUAUGGCUGUUGUCAGGAGAUGCUUUCUUCAGCAGAACUUGAAGUUGGUGACUGCCCUUGAAAAAAUGGGCGUCAGAGCUCGACCAAUCACUGGCGGCGUUUUCCAGGCUGAUUAUCUGGACAAGGAGAAAUAUAAAUUGGUUGGUGAUAUCACCGGCGUGAAUAAAGCACCCAUUGAAGCUUCUAUUGAAGCCGGGUCUUUGCCAAUUUUAACAUCAAUGGCAGAGACUCCUUCGGGACAGCUUUUGAAUGUUAAUGCAGAUGUUGCUGCUGGAGAGAUCGCUCGUGUCUUUGAACCUUUAAAAAUUGUCUAUCUUAACGAGAAAGGUGGCAUCAUCAACGGUAGUACCAAGGAGAAAAUCUCUGUGAUUAACUUAGACGAAGAGUAUGAAGACUUACUCCAGCAGAGCUGGGUCAAAUAUGGUACUAAGUUGAAAUUGAAGGAGAUCAGAGAUCUAUUAAUGUAUCUACCAAGAAGCUCGUCCGUUGCCAUCAUCAACGUUGACGAUCUCCAGAAGGAAUUGUUUACCGAUUCUGGUGCAGGUACUUUGAUUCGUCGGGGAUACAAAUUGGUCACUAGAAAAUCAGUUAAAGAGUUUGGGCAGCCGGAUCUUUUAAGGUCCGCUCUUGAAAGAGAUCCAGAUGUCGCUUCGGGUAAGAGCUCUGUGGCCUCAUAUUUAACAGAGAUGGAGAAAUCGAACUUUAAGGCAUACGGAGACGAGCCAAUGGAUGUUUUGGCCAUUGUCAAACAGGACAACCAGUUCUGUAAUACUGUUCCAUGUCUGGACAAAUUCUUGGCAUCGAAAGCAGGCUGGUUGAAUAACGUAACAGACAAUAUUUUCAAUGCUAUCCAUAACGAUUACCCAUCUUUAUACUGGAUUGUUAGAGAGGAUGAUCCUUACACUGCCUGGCAUUUCAACAAAGCCGACGGUUCUUACACCAAGGAUGGAGAGAUUUUGUACUGGUAUGGCUGCAACAAUUUGGGAGAAAUCAGCAAGCUGAUAGACUCCUUCUCCAAAAGAGGAACUUUGAACGGCGAGUCCGGCGUGUUUUCUGGCAAACAAACUCGGUCGUACUCAACGAUAUGUGGUAGUACUGGCCUCAGGGUUAUGGGCUGUGGUUUCCACAGUCAGUUCCGAAGAGGUCUUUCUGGUAUCGCAAGGGCCAAAGCCAAUCCGCCUAUCCGCAAGGGAACCAACCAUAGUAAAGCACGCGUGGCCUUGAUUGGUGCUCGUGGAUACACAGGAAAGAACUUGAUCAGUAUGAUCGAUGAGCACCCAUACUUGGAGUUGGCCCAUGUUUCUUCUAGAGAGUUGAAUGGCCAGAAAUUAAAGGGAUACACCAAGAGUGAAAUCAUAUACGAGAACUUGCAAGUGGAGGAUAUUCAGAGACUAGAAAAGAACGAUGAAGUGGAUAUUUGGGUGAUGGCGUUACCUAACGGAGUGUGUGGACCAUUUGUCAAGGCCAUUGAAGAGGCCAGUGGAAGUGGAAAAUCAAAGAUUAUUGAUCUUUCUGCCGAUUACCGGUUUGACAAGACAGGCCAAUGGGUUUACGGAUUACCAGAAUUAAACGAUCGUUUAGUCAUUUCGAAAGCUCGCAAGAUUUCGAACCCAGGAUGUUAUGCCACGGCGUCACAGAUCGCCAUCAGUCCAAUUAUUGACUACAUCGGGGGUACUCCAUCGAUAUUCGGUGUUUCGGGAUACUCAGGAUCGGGUACCAAGCCUUCGAAGAAGAACGACAUUAACUUUUUGAGAAAUAAUCUUGUUCCAUACUCUUUGACUGACCAUACCCACGAGAGAGAGAUCUCAUAUCGUCUGGGAAGACAGGUGGCCUUUAUGCCGCAUGUGGGACAAUGGUUCCAGGGCAUUACUUUGACUAUCAACAUUCCAUUAAGGGAGAAGUUGUCGUCGAGAGAUAUUCGCAGCAUGUAUCAGGAGAGAUAUGAGGAUGAGCAGUUGAUUACAGUUACAGGAGAAGCACCUUAUGUUAAGGAUAUUAGUGGUAAGCAUGGAUGCGUUGUUGGUGCAUUUGAUGUGAAUACAGCGCAGAAUAGACUUGUAGUGGUGGCUACGAUUGAUAACUUAUUGAAAGGAGCUGCAACUCAGUGUCUUCAGAACAUUAACUUGGCUAUGAGUUAUGAUGAGUAUGCUGGAAUUCCGGAUGACUUAGUGAUUAGGGGAUGA